UACAAUAAAAACAAAGAAAUUCUUCUGAAUGACAAAAAGUAAAACAAAAAUGAAGCUCAUGGAUGCUGGAAAAAAGCUUUUGCAUCUGCCUUCUUCAAAUGCUGAUCUUCUUCAAGCUCUUUCACAAAUGGAGCAAUUUCUGUCUGGGGUGCAACGAUCAUCAUCCGAAUCAACUAUGAACGCACUGCAUCCGAUAAUUGAUGCACUUAUUGAUAAAAAACUGGUGAAAAAUCCUGACAUGGAUGUGAAUAUCUCUGUUUGUUGUUGCCUAUGUGAGAUCAUGAGAAUUAUGGCACCGGAACUCCCUUACACGGGUAAAGAGACGAAGGAGUUUCUUAAAUUGGUAGUGACGACAUUCGAGAAACUAUCUAUUACAUCUGGUGGCUGCUAUACUAGAAUGACCAAGUUUUUUGAUAUAUUUAGUAAUUUCAGCUUGCCAGCGUUGAUGUCUAGCCUGCAGCUUGACAGAUUAAUUGUUCGACUGUUUAAGCAAUUUCUGAACGCUGCCGACUCGAAUUCCCCUGCUGUUGUAUGCAAGAUGGAAGAAUUCAUGACUAUGAUCAUAGAGGAAAGUGAGCCACUCAAUCUUGAGCUUGUGGAUCUCCUAGUCACGGCUGUGAGAAUGGAUAAUAAGAUUCGUUCACCUUUCUGUUGGCAACUAGCGGAAAAUAUUAUCGAUAGCUGUGCUGAUCAACUUAGACCACAUCUCCCACAUAUGGAAUCUAAAGAAUGUUAUCCACAUACAACUGAGAAAAGCAUGUUGUUAAAGGAAACAACUCACAAGAUAAAACUUGAGUGUCUAGAAGAUACAGAUAACCUUGUAAACGUCCACCUUGAAGUUAAAAUGGAUCAUGUUGAAGUUAAAAAGGAAACCUUGUCAUUUGAAAAAUCACCAGUUUCAGCUAUAUCUGUAACUGACGUGAAUGGAAAACGCAAGAGAGAUGACACUCCACAAAAGAAACAGGUUCAAUACGUUGAAUAUGGUGAAAAUUUGGUGGGGAGCAGGAUAAAGGUUUGGUGGCCUGAUGAUAAAUUGUAUUAUCCAGGAGUUGUCAAAUCUUUCGACUGUAUUAGAAAGAGGCACAAGUUAUUGUAUGAUGAUGGUGAGGAAGAAGUGUUAGACCUGAAGGAAGAACAGUGGGAGUUUGCUGAAAACGUGUCUGCUAUGUCGGAUUCUCUGGAACGAGAAAUGGAUUCUUCUACUGAAUCUAGCAUAACUUGUGUUAAUGGUUACAAGGUGAACCACAAUGUUGCACCAAUUCUUAAAGCCAUUAUCAUGAAAUAUGGUGACAUUGCAGCCAAAUGUGUAUUCAAAGGAGCUUCUGUGCGAGCAUUAAUCCUUGAGAGUGUUUGUGAAAUUGUGAGACGGAUUAAAACCAAUGAUGCUAUUCGGAUGAAAGAAAUUGAGACUGAUCUUAUAGAUGCAGAGGCAGCCAAUAUUAAUGUGUCGUGGCUUCGAGCUCACGUGGAAGCCAUUGAAAGGAAGGAAGACAUGAAAAGGUGCAGUUUGCUUAUGGAAAUGAAAGUGAACAGCGGUUUGGCUAGAAAAGCCGCCAAAAUGGAUCUAAAAGAGAGACAGAUAGAGCUUAUGGCUGCACAACAACGGUUUGAUGAGGCUGAAAGGUGUGUAAAAGUGCUCGAUCUUGUUCAACAGAAGCUAAGUAACAACAUAUUCGAAAUCGAAGCUAAAAAGAAGCCUUCACCAAUUUUAUAGGCCAACUUUAUCAUGGAAUGUGUAAUUAAUAGAAGAAUUCCGGAGUCAUGCCUACACUCUUAUUUUGUCUAAUGGCGUAAGACCCGCUUUUGAAACUGGUUAAGUCUAAUCUAUAUAGCAGUAUAGCAAUUACUAAAA